AUGGUUGUUGGAAGGAACGAUGAUGCCAUUGUUGAUGCAUUGAGGAUGUUGGCUGGAUCUCUUGGUCAGAUUCCUCAUGUGAAUGCCGGUAAUCGGAAUGGUGAUGAUGACGAGUUUCGUGCUUUGGGGAAGUUCCAGAGGAACAAUCCGCCUAUCUUUAAGGGAGAGCAUGAACCUGAUAAGGCACAAGCUUGGUUAAAGGCAAUUGAGAAUAUCUUCCAGGUCAUGAAUUGUACUGAUGCGCAUAGAGUGAAGUUUGGUACUCACAUGCUCGAGAAAGAAGCUGAGGAUUGGUGGAGUAAUACUGCUCAGAGAUUUGAAGAAGAGGGUAUUCAGAUUACUUGGGAUCUUUUUCGUGAUGCUUUUCUGGAGAACUAUUUUCCGAAAUAUUGUCGUGGAAAGAAAGAGGUGGAAUUUCUUAAACUGAAGCAAGGGAAUGGAACUGUAGUGGAGUAUGCUGCAAAAUUCCAAGAGUUGAUCAAGUAUUGUCCCCAUUAUAAUAUUAUGAAUGCUGAGAGGUCGAAGUGCUUGAAGUUUUUGAACAGUUUGAGGCAUGACAUUAAGAAGGCUAUUGAUUACCAAAUGAUUACUCGUUUUGCGGAGUUGUUUAACAAGAGUCGGACUUAUGAUGAAGAUAGUAGAGAGAGUGCUUCUCACUACAAGGCUUCGAAUGAUGGAAAAGGAAAAGGUCAAUACCGUGGGAAACCGUAUGAUGAUAAGAAGAAGAAAUCUGGUUAUGGCGGAAAGCCAAGUGGGGGAGGAACUAGUGCUCCGGUUAAGUGA